AUGGCCGACGGCGGGGGGAAGCUGCUGCGCUUCAGGUUCCCGGAGCACGACUCGACGGCGCUGCGGAACAUGGACGAGCUGCGGCGGGGCGAGUGGUUCUGCGACGUGACGGUGCUGGCGGGCGGCCUGCGGUUCCCGGGCCACCGGGUGGUGCUGGCCGCCUGCUCGCCGUUCCUGCGCGACCGCUUCCGCAUGGAGCCGGCCCGCGAGGUCACCGUGCUGCCCGCCACCGCCGCCCCGCAGGCCGUGCUCCGCCUGCUGCUCGCCUGCUACACCGGCCGCCUCGAGUUCCCCUUCGCCGACAUCCUCGACUACCUGACCGCCGCCAGCUGCCUGCAGAUGGAGGACGUGGUCGAGCAGUGCCGCCGCUCGCUCUCGCCCUGCGUGGUGGCCGCCUCGCUGCUGCGGCUCGCCCAGGACGGGGGCGGCGGCGAGGCCGAGGACGGAGCGGGGCCUGCGGCCGCUGGAGGAGGCCUCCGCCCGGGCCGCUCCUCCGGAAACCCGCGCGUCGGAGCGGCUGCGAACCGGGCGGCGGAGAGACUCGAGGCCGAGGCCUCCCCCCUUCCUCCUCCCACCCAACCCCCUGGGACGACGGGGGCGGUGCGAGGCGUCGAACCGGUCAAACUCGAGGCCCAGGCUUCUCCACCACCACCUCCUCUCCUAGGCCCCGGUGACCGGGAGGCUCUCGCCGCCCCUCACCCGCCUCCUCCGCCCGCCGCCGAUUACCUGGAGACGGAGGGCCGCGUCCACCGGAGGCCGGGGCUGGAGGUGGGCCAGGGGGAGGGAGGGGAGGAGGGGGGCGAUGGCGGAGAUGGGGAGGAGGACCGGGCCAAGGCCGAAGGGAUGGUGGCCGAGGCCUACCCGCCGGGCACCGGGGCGGAGGAAGGAGGGGAGGAAGAGCCCGAGGACGACUACGAGAGCUCGGCCAGCGAGGAGUGCCGGGCCUCGGGGGGUUUCUACGGCGGAGGGGCGGCAGGGGGUUUCUACCAGCGGCCCGGGCUGGGAGAGGAACCGCAGGCCUCGGGCCUGGAGGAGGGCCCCGGGCCCGGUCCUGCUCCCGGAGCCGGGGGCUUGGCCGAGCCGCCCCUCCUGUGCUCGGAGUGCGGGGCCCCGUUCGAGCAGCGCAGCGGCCUGGCGGCCCACCUGCUGCUCCACAAGCUGUACAUGUGCCCGCUCUGCGGCAAGCUCUUCAAGAAGAACGCGCGGCUGGCCCAGCACCUCAACGUGCACACCGGCUUCAAGCCGUACGGCUGCGCCGUCUGCGGCCGGGCCUUCACCCAGAACCGCUCGCUCAAGGACCACAUGAACGUCCACAGCGGAGACUCGCCGCACAGCUGCGGCUACUGCGACAUGCGCUUCACCCACUACAACACCCUGCGGGUCCACCUCCGGGACCAGCACGGCAAGACCACCAGCGGCAAGAACUCCGGGGAGCCCAGGCUGGCCGAGAUCAACGUGGUAGUGCCCUAGGUGGACGGGGGGUUCAGGGUGGCCCUGGGGUGAUGGGAGCGAGGGAGGUGUGCUGUAUGGGGCUGGGGGGUGCCCUCCCACGUAAGUGGGUGGGCAAGGCGUAGGGAGGGACGCGCAGGCAUUGGAGUGGAGCACACGGUGGUGGGGUGGGCGGUGUAUCCCUAGGGGUUGGGUUGGCAUUAAGCAGAAUAGGAGAAAUGUAAAUCUCUGGGGUGGUACGUCUGUUGGGCUUGAUCCCUUGGGGAAUGGGGAGGGUGUGUGUAUGUAAUCGGAUCCCCAGAGGUGAAUGAGGUACUGUCUCUGGAUCGUGAGUGAAAGGAUCCUUCCAGAAGAAUUGAGAGUGUUUGAAGAGUUCCCUAUUAUGUUGUUGGGGGAGUGGCAGGGUAAUAAGUAGAACAAUUUGUGGGAUGGCUGGGGUAAGGUAACACAUUCUGAUGAUGGGUACUCCAUACCAACCUUAAAACCUCAGCCCCUGCACACACGUGCAAAUUCCACUCCAGAUAACACACAGUUCCUCCUCCUUUUUGUAGUGCCCCUCGCGCCUGCCUCCUCCUCUCUCCAUCUCAGAAGAGCUGCUGCUCUUCUCCCUCCCUCCACAUUAUAUUCAACCUCACCUACAGUCUCUAUCAUAUUCUCUGACCCCUAUCCAAUAAGAUGUGGGAGCAAAGUAGGUCAAUACUCCCCUUGCAUCCACUCCACCAUUCAAUAAGAUCAUGGCCGAUCUGACCUCACUUUCUCCAUGGCCGAUCUGAUCAUUCUUUCUGCAUCUAGGUCAAGUUCUCAAUUUUGUCAAGAUCAAAGGAGCUACAUCACCAGCAAACAUGCCCUUGCAACUGGUUCCCUGGGGCUCUGAGGAUAGAACCUCCAUUUUACUGACUGUCCUUGAGGUCUUUGCCCUGGUCACUGAGGCUUUGCGACAAGAUGAUCAGCCAAAUUCCAAAUUGUACUACAGUCUGAGACAUCAGACUGCAGAGCAGGAAGCCAUUCACCUUUCAUGGCUCUGCAGGUUCCUUGGUAAUAUGAUUCAAUUAAUCAAACUCCCAUCACUUUGUAAAUAUCAUUUUCCCCUUCUGCUAUUUGUCGAAUUUACAAAGAUCAUAGAUCUCACAUCAUGGAUGAUGGUUCUUCAGCCAACUGUGUCAGCUGCUGUCUAUCUAACAUAAUUCUACUCUCCAGCCUGGGGGCUAUAGCCCUGUAAGUUACAGCAUGUUAAAUGCAGAUUGAAGUGCUUGUUAAAUUUGAUAGUCAAAAUCUGUUAUUGAAUCUCUUUCCACUGCCCAUCUGGGUAGUGUCUUGCAGAUUGCUACCUGUAGUAAUAUUUCUCCUUGUCACCUCUGGGUUCUUCUGCUGAUUAACUUGCUCCUAUGCCCUCUAGUUUCCAACUCUUGUAACCAAUGGAAACAGUUUCUCUGUGUUUGCUUUGAUGAAACUAUUAAUGAUUUUGAGCAUCUCUCAAUUUUGCACCUAAUCUCCUUCCCCUACACCAAACCACCACCACCAAGAACAGUCCCAAGCGCUCCAUAUCCUUUAGCCCGGAACAAUUUUUGGAGACCUGCACCUACCCCAACCCUAAUGUCCUUUCUAAAGUGCUCCAAGGGUCCUGAACAGGACAAAGUAUCCCAGCUGAGGCCUUGCCUAUAUUUUGUCCAGGUUUAGUUUAACCUCUGCUUUGUAUUCUGCCAGUAUUUACGAAACUACGAUUACUAAGUAUUUGUAACACCAGUCAUGGCUAGUUUUAUAUGCUGCUAAAUCAAUUCCCAAUGAGAGCAGAAUGAUUAAAGGACCAGUGUAGCUUUCAAACCUUCUUGACUGUUCCCAUCCCUGCUGAGAAUGAGCUGUGACCUACCAAGCCACCCUUUAAGUCCAUUAGAGAGCUUGUCUUUUCCAUCUCAGUAGAGUUUUAUUACAUGUAAAAAAUAGAAUGUAUAGUUUUUAGAUUGUGUUGUGGUUCAUUUCAACUCUAAGGAUAAUAUUGGUGUCAAUCUUCAGCUGCUUGACAAAUAAAUAUAAAUUUCAUAAA